CUCUUCUAUAUUGUUUUGCGUCUCUGCCUUCUAUUAAGUCUAUCAAAUGGACGUUAUUUCAGAAACCAAGUGCUCGAUUCCUGGUUGCAUUGUAUCUCUCUUGACUUUUAUUCUUCCUAGCUCUUUUUCUAUCUCUCAUAAAAGCGAAAGUGCUGUAAAAACAGUGGGUGAAACAAUAAAUGAAGUUGCAGAACAACUUCCUGGAAUUGUUUCUGGGCUUACGUCAUGUUUAAGUCUUCAUGCACAAGGCAACCUCGAUCCAGAUUCCGGUAAUGAAUCAUCAGGUAGUAGUACUCAAGAAAAUUCUCAAGGCUCUUCAGACGCAAACAAUAAUGAAGGGGUUCAAGAAAGCACGCCGAAACCUAAUAACCGUAAACUUUUUCAAGGCUGUGUAGUAAUGUAACGUUGUUACAAACGGCAAAUAUUAUAAUAAAUGAUAUUGAUGUGUU